UAAGCUAUUAUUAUUAUUAUUAUUCUGUAUUCGUUUUCUUCUUGUUUUCGCAGUUUAACGUUGCUCUCAGUUUCAGUUCCUUAACCAUGCAGAGCUCUGAGUCAGUGAAAAUGGAGGCCACCACCACCAUGACCGCCGCUGCUGCUCCAAUUCAAGGUAGAGAAGGGUCUCAGGGAGACGGAGAAAAGGGAAUUGCUUGUUCCUCUCAAACAAUGGAGCUUAAGGUUGGCGCUGAUGAUGUCACUGAAGCGCAUUCACUGGAUCCGAAUCCCUUGGCUUUGGCUGGUCACAAGAGGAAGGCUUCAUCAGAGAUCGAUCCUCAUCGUGUCAACUCUUCUGAUCCUCUAUCAUCCCCAACUGCUGAACAGCAUGCUGAAAUGGUGCCUCCUCAAGGUGGAGAGAAGGAGAAAGUGGAAGAUGACAAGAACGUGCCUCAGAGAGGGAUUUUGGUAGACCUGAACCAAGGCCUAGAAGAAAUGGAUGCCUAUCUUUAUGACGAUGUGUUCAAAGAAAAAGUGGAAAAAGUGGAAACUGUUGCUGAGGACAACAUUGCAGUGAAGCCUGAAGGCGAGAAGGGAGAACUUUCGGAUUUUGACCUAAACCAAGAGGGAGGAGUGAUCCACUCAAACAAGGAUCGGGAAAAAGAAAAAGUGGAAACUAGUGAUACUAAGAUGGAGAACCCUGAUGUGAAGCCUGAUGAGGGGCUUUCCAAGAUGGACACAGACCUCGGAGAAGAAACAGUGAAUGUUGGAAAAGAAACAGCAGUGGAGACUGAUUCUAUAGAAAGCAAAGAGGUUGUGCCCUAUGUUGCAGAAAACGUGGAAAUAGGAUCUUCUGCAAUUGAAGGGGAGAGUUGUGUAGUUGUUGAGAACACAGAAGCUGCUUCUGAGAAUAAACAAGAGGAGCCUGCUUCCUUGAUUGAUGAAAUAUAUCAAAUGGAGCUUACUUGCGAAUUGAACAAAGAGUGCGACCCUUUUUCUGAUGAUGAUGUGGAAUCCACGACUUCUGCUGUGCCUGCUGAGACUCACGCUGCAGACAAGAAUGAAGUGGAGGUUGCUGAUAAAAUGGAAGUUGAGUCUUAUGAUGUGGUUCCGGAGAAGAAGAAUGAAGAAAUGGAGACUCAUGCUGCUGAGAAAGUUGAUGUUUUACCUCAUGAUGCUGUGGAUCAGGAGAAGAUGAAAAAUGAAGUGGAGCUUGAUGAUGUUGAGAAAGUUGGAGGUCAGCUUUGCACAGAGAAACAAGAAGAAGGGCAUUCAACCACAGGAGAAAAUGAAGUGGAGACAUCUUCUCCUGUGAAAGUAGGGUUAUUGCGUGACCCACUGGAUUUUGACCUUGACCUCAAUGAACUUCCUUCCAUGGAGGACGAUUAAAAAAUACACCAGAGAAAUCAACUAUAGCUGAAUUUGAUUCAGUUUUAUUCCGUACAAGACUUUCUAAAAGCUAGCUUAGAGUGGGACAUAUAGUGAGAAACAGCAAUUCUAGAUGGUUUUGUAUUUUUAAUUUUAAAAAACAAAGCAGUUCAUUUUCAAAGUAGUUUUGUUUUAACAAAGCACAGUGAACCCUUUGGGUUUGUGUUCCUUUUCUUAUAAGCAAUAAGAUGUAGUAUAUAUUAAUUAACUA